CCGAGGCUGAAACUCGGCUGGACGGACUCCUCCAAGAUUGUUGGAGAGAGUGCUCGGUCUGUGCAGAGCGUCCCGGGCUCUUUUUGCGUUCGACUCCCUCGCUUCUUGCGUCCCGCCCACGCUCCGGCAGGGUUCUCCCCCCCCGGGCUUUUUGAUUUCCUGGGUCUUCGACCUCAGGGUCUUAACUUUAUGCAGCCUCCGCCUCACCAUGAGCAUAAGGAGGCUUUUCCAGCCUUCUGCUCUCCACUGGGCACGGAGGACGGCUGCCAUGACAAGUACCCUGGGCAGGCAGCAGGGAGUCCUACGCUGGACACAUUCUGGAGGCCGCAGAAACUACAGAGCCGUCAUUUUUGACAUGGGGGGAGUUCUCGUUCCUUCUCCAGGGACGGUGGCUGCUGAAUGGGAGGUGCAGAAUCGUGUUCCUUCUGGAACUAUAGUGAAGGCCUUGAUCAGAGAUGGCGACAGCGGACCCUGGAUGAGGUUUAUGAGAGGAGAGAUGACUACAGAGGCCUUCUUGGAAGAAUUCGGGAGAGUGUGCUCUGAAAUUGCAAAGACUUCCGUGCCUGUGGAAUCAUUUUUCUCUCUGUUAACCAGUGAAACAGUGGCCAAGCCAUUUCCAGUGAUGACACAGGCCAUCUCUCAGAUCAGAGCGGGAGGCCUUCAGACCGCAGUCUUGACCAAUAAUUUUUGUCUCUCCAAUGGGAAAAGCUUUUUGCCCCUGGACCGGAAACAGUUUGACGUGGUGGUGGAGUCCUGCCUGGAAGGCAUCUGUAAGCCAGACCCCAGGAUAUACCAGCUGUGCCUGCAACGGCUGAGCCUGCAGCCCGCAGAGGCCAUUUUCCUGGAUGACCUGGGACCAAAUCUGAAAGCAGCGGCCAGGCUGGGCAUUCACACCAUUAAGGUUGACCAUCCCGAGACAGCAGUGAAGGAGUUGGAAGCUCUUCUGGGUUUCCCGUUGUGUGUGGGUAUUCCCAACACUCGUCCUGUGAGGAAGGCCAUGGAGAUUCCAAAGGAUGCCUUGGAGAAGUACCUGAAGGGCUUGCUGGGGACCCACGGCACUGGGCCCAUGGAGAUCCUUCAGUUUGACCAUGGACAGUCAAAUCCAACGUAUUACAUCAGGCUGGCUGACCGCCAGCUGGUUCUGAGGAAGAAACCCCCAGGGGUCCUCCUUCCCUCUGCCCAUGCCAUAGAGAGGGAGUUCAGGAUAAUGAAAGCCCUUGGGAAUGCUGGUGUCCCUGUCCCCACUGUCCUUGACCUCUGUGAAGACUCAAGCAUCAUCGGUACCCCCUUCUACUUGAUGGAGUACUGCCCAGGCAUCAUCUACAAAGACCCCUCCCUGCCAGGCUUGGAGCCCCGCCAGCGGCAAGCCAUAUACACUGCCAUGAACCAAGUCCUGUGCAGAAUUCACAGUGUGGACCUGCAGGCCACGGGCCUGGACGACUUCGGGAAGCAAGGGGACUACAUUCGUCGCCAGGUACAGACCUGGACCAAGCAGUACCGAGCAGCGGAAACCAGCAGCAUCCCAGCAAUGGAGAGGCUUAUCCAGUGGCUGCCACUGCACCUUCCCAGGCAACAGAGAACCACGGUGGUGCAUGGCGACUUCAGGCUGGACAACCUGAUGUUCCAUCCUGAAAAGGCGGAGGUGCUCGCUGUCCUGGACUGGGAACUUUCCACCUUAGGGGACCCCUUUGCUGACGUGGCCUACAGCUGCCUGGCUCACUACCUACCAUCCAGCUUCCCCAUGCUGAGAGGGUUCAGGGACCAGGAUGUGACACAGCUGGGUAUCCCAGCGGUGGAGGAGUACUUCAGGAUGUACUGUCUCCACAUGGGCCUCCCGCCCAUCGAUAACUGGAAUUUCUACAUGGCCUUCUCGUUUUUCCGUGUGGCGGCAAUUCUGCAGGGAGUCUACAAGCGGUCCCUCACAGGACAGGCAAGCUCAGCAACUGCCAAACAAAGCGGGAAGCUCACCGAGUUCAUGGCUGAGCUGGCAUGGGACUUUGCCACCAAAGAAGGGUUCCGGGUUUUCAAGGAGAUGCCAGCCGCCAAACCACUAGUGAGAUCCUACCAUGCAUGGGCUGGGUCACAGCCCCGGCAGACCCCGACGGGGGUGAGAAGUCACAGUACCCUAGCAGCUGCUUCCCCUGCUCAGGAGGCAAAGGGAGGCCUGAUCAUCUCUCCAGAGGGCCUCUCCCCUCGGGUCAGAAAGUUGUACGACCGGCUGUUGCAGUUUAUGGAACAGAACGUGUACCCCCUGGAGCCAGAGCUGCAGAGACACCAGGCCUCGGCUGACAGGUGGACUCCUUCCCCACUGAUAGAAGACCUCAAGGAGAAAGCCAAGGCUGAAGGGCUUUGGAACCUUUUCCUACCUUUGGAGACAGAUCCUGAGAAAAAAUAUGGAGCUGGGCUGACUAACGUGGAGUACGCACAUCUGUGUGAAGUAAUGGGCAUGUCCCUAUAUGCUUCUGAGAUAUUUAAUUGUUCUGCCCCGGAUACGGGCAACAUGGAGCUCCUGGUGCGGUAUGGCACCGAGGAGCAGAAGGCCCGCUGGCUGGUGCCACUGCUGGAAGGCAGGAUCCGCUCCUGCUUCGCCAUGACUGAGCCCCAGGUGGCCUCGUCAGACGCCUCCAAUAUUGAGGCUUCCAUCAGAGAAGAAGGUGGCUCCUACGUCAUAAAUGGUCACAAGUGGUGGAUCUCAGGCAUCCUGGAUCCACGCUGCAAACUCUGUGUGUUUAUGGGAAAAACAGACCCACAGGCCCCGAGGCACCAGCAGCAGUCCAUGGUCUUGGUUCCCAUGGACACUCCAGGAAUCAAUGUCAUCCGGCCUUUGUCAGUGUAUGGACUGGAGGAUGCUCCAGGGGGCCAUGGUGAAGUACAUUUCAAGGACGUGCGUGUGCCCAAGGAGAACAUAGUUCUGGGCCCUGGUCGAGGCUUUGAGAUCGCGCAGGGCAGGCUGGGGCCUGGCCGGAUCCAUCACUGCAUGAGGCUGAUUGGGUAUUCGGAGAGGGCCCUGGCGCUCAUGAAGACACGCGUGAUGUCCCGCACAGCCUUCGGGAAGCCCCUUGUGGAGCAGGGCACCAUCCUGGCAGACAUUGCCCGGUCACGUGUGGACAUCGAGCAGGCACGGCUGCUGGUGCUGAAAGCCGCCCACCUCAUGGAUGUGGCGGGAAACAAGGCUGCAGCUUUAGAGAUUGCCAUGAUCAAAAUGGUGGCCCCAUCCAUGGCCUAUCAAGUCAUUGACCGUGCUGUUCAGGCCUUCGGAGCAGCGGGCCUGAGCAGCGACUACCCUCUGGCUCAGUUCUUUGCCUGGGCCCGAGCCCUGCGCUUCGCUGAUGGCCCAGACGAGGUACACCGGCUGACCGUGGCUAAGAUGGAAAUGAAGAAUCCCGGCAGGCUACAGGCACCAGCAGCGCCCAGAGUGUAGAUUCUGUGCUUGGAAAGGCCAGGCUGUAGGAAUCUGGACACCGGUGUGCCCGUUUCUCUCUAGAGGCGAUGGGGUUCCUUCUCAGGCCUUCUAGGAAAGCUGAGGGCACGGACCACAGCAGAUGGGAACUCCUGGGAACUGGAAUGAAGCCACUCUGUGCCCACAUCAUGGAAUACCGACUCAGAUGCCCUGUUAGGAAGGGGCUGUUGGGACACACAGUCUGUGGACCUCCUGUGUCACGCGAAGAACAUGGGAACAAAGGCUCCCACAGCCCCUGUGACUCAGAUGCCCAUGGCUUCCUCACACCUAUACCGCUUCCCCUGCACCAGCCCCAUAUGCCAGGGCCCCUUGGGUCAUGGAUUCCAUGGCUCCUGAUUCUCCCAAUGUCUUCACUCCCCCUCACCACCAGUUCCCUACCGUGCUCCCGAAAACCUCACCAGAGGACCUGUGCCAGCCUAGUGAGGUCCUGAUUAACUGCCACACUCUGCUACCUGUCAGCAGUCAUGGUGGGCCAUGGGGGAAGGCCGACAAGAUGCUGCUGAGAUCAGAAGAGUAAUGUGUCCUCCCUGAGGGUCAGGGGAUGGUCACCUUGGCAAGGUCUGAGGUCUUACAGAAACAGGGCCCCAUGAGACCAGAAAAAUGAAGCCGGGGCUGGAGAGACAGCUCAGAGGUUAAGAGCAUUGGCUGUUCUUCCA